UCCUUGUUUGUUUAGAUCCACUCAGUCAUACAACUACAAGUUACGUCUUGACUUUGGGAACGCUUAAUUUGGUCCGAGUUCUGUCCGUUUAACCUUUUCAAAAAAUAACUUUAUAGAUGACAGUGUUCUAUCUACGGUCCAGACGAUAUGCUUCCCCGGGCGGGCAAAGAGUUUGUGGUCCGCAUACGCUUCUCGUGGCGGAAGUUGUUCCAGGGCCGUUACCUGCUGCUCACCAACACGGUGAGCGGAGGAGCCAUGCUGGGGCUGGGUGACUUUCUGCAGCAGAGCCGGGAAACGCACAAGGACACGACCAAAAUCCGAGACUGGAACCGGACAGGUCGUAUGUUUGCGGUGGGCUGCUCCAUGGGUCCAGUGCUGCACUUUUGGUACACAUGGUUGGACAGAAAAUUUGUGGGCUAUGCUGUGAACACAGUGCUCAAGAAGGUUCUGGUGGAUCAGAUGGUAGCAUCACCAACACUUGGGAUGUGGUACUUUUUAGGUAUGGGGGUCAUGGAGGGACACUCUUUAUCACACGGAUGGGAGGAAUUUAAAGAUAAAUUCUGGGAAUUUUAUAAAGCCGACUGGUGCGUUUGGCCCGCCGCUCAGAUGAUCAACUUUUAUUUCCUUUCGCCCAAAUUCCGUGUCGUCUACGUCAACACCGUCACCUUAGGGUGGGACACCUACCUCUCUUAUCUAAAACACAGAGAUGACAGCCAGCCCUCGGAGUUACUAUCAGACAGCAAUGUGGCAGAUGUGCAGCAGAAAGCUCUGCCACCGGCCAAACCGCUGGAGGAGAAAAGUGGAUGGUGAAAUCUAAAAUGGCUGCAGGAGGAUGUUAAAAGUUGCUGGGAAACAUUUUUUAUUUGAGUGGUACUGCAUUCAUGAUGUCCAAGUGGACAUCCUGCGAUUUAAAAAAAAUAAAAGAGAUGCUGAGAAGCUCUUUUUAGCAUGUAACUAUGAUUGGUAGAACAGUCGUAUGUUAUCCAUCCAUUCAUCCGCCAAUUUUGUGAACCGCUCAUCCUCGCUGAUUUGAGCUAUUUUUGCAACUGACUCGAUUUUAUUUAUUAUUUUAACACCGUUUUCUUUGGUGCAUUGCAUUGUAUCCACAUAAUUCCUGCCUGAAGAGAGUGCCUAAUUUUCAUAGGAUCUUGUGUAUUGAUGUUUAAGAUGCAAGUUAAAAGUAUGCAUAAGUGUGAUUUUUAAAAUGUCAUUUAAGAUAUCACAUGGGCUGUUACAUCGCUAGAUAUAAUAGUUCGUUCAUUAGUACAAUAAGAAAACUGUUGGCUUCAUAAAAACUGUAAAAUGAAAAAAGAAUCAAAACCAUAUCAAACAUAUUUUUGUUGACCAUUUAUGAUCUUCACUUCAAAAGCAAACAAAUACAUUAUUUUCAGUUGUAAUCAUUUUAUUUGUAUGUUAUUGACUUACGACCAUUCAGCUGGUUUACAUAUUUAUAUUUGGUACUUGACAUAUUUGAAAUUUAUUUAUGUUACUUAAAAUAAAAUAGAUCAGAGAGCUCCUGGCACGGGAUUCACUGAUUGACUCUGAAUUGUGGAGAGAUUAUUUCAAGUCAUGUUUAUUAUACCUGUGACGAUGAUUAUGUAAUAAAAAAUACAAA